UUUCAUGCUCAGCAGAUCUAUCUAUAAAACUCUGGGAUUUCAAUGGAUAUGAGUGUAUCAAAACAAUGUAUGGACAUGAUCACAAUAUAUCCAGUGUCACAUUCAUGCCAUCCGGAGACUUUAUAGUGUCCUCAUCUCGAGACAAAACUAUCAAGAUGUGGGAAGUGGCCACAGGAUACUGUGUCAAGACAUACACAGGACACAGAGAAUGGGUUCGAAUGGUAAAGGUGUACCAAGAUGGAUCCUUGUUGGCCAGUUGCUCCAAUGACCAGACUGUCAGGGUGUGGGUGACAGCCACCAAAGAAUGUAAGGCGGAGCUUCGAGAGCACGAGCACGUGGUGGAGUGUAUAGCAUGGGCCCCCGACUCAGCUCAGCCUGCUAUCUGUGAGGCUGCUGGAACAGAGAGUAAGAAUGCCAAGCGUUCAGGGCCGUUCUUGAUGUCUGGAUCCAGGGACAAAACUCUGAAGAUGUGGGAUGUUAGUAUCGGGGUGUGUCUCUUCACUUUGGCUGGUCACGACAACUGGAUCCGAGGGGUGGUGUUCCACCCGGGUGGCAAAUACAUCCUGUCAGCAUCCGAUGACAAGACUAUCAGGGUGUGGGACAUACAGAACAAGCGGGUUCACAAGGCUCUGCAGGCACACCCGCAUUUUGUCACCUCUAUUGAUAUGCAAAGGAAUGCGCCGUAUGUGAUCACCGGAAGCGUGGAUCAGACGAUCAAAGUGUGGGAAUGCCGCUAA